CGCACAGCUCCUCGUGCAAUCUGCAUGAGUUGCACUGUGCUCUUCCUCACGCUUCCCAGGCUCUCUGCGAAUCUUUCAAUGGUCCGUGUAUCGAGUGAGCCUUUGCGCGCCUCCUACGCCUCUGCAGGCGACAGAUGUCUUCCAUGCUAGAUGACGAUUGCAUCGAUGACUGUGUUCCGGAUUAUCUGAAGCGCUCCCGCAAGAGCGUUCUCUUUGCGAGCUUACCCUUCCUGAGCACCUUCAUUCUCGUGGCGUAUCUUGUGCUGAAGAGAGUUUAUCCCCUUCUGUCCAACGCCGACGAUGGCAGAGGCGGCGAACGUAGAAGAGAGGGCCAGGAUGCGAGGUUGCCGAUGCAUAACCUUGAGCUGAAUCAGGCGGGAUCUAGGAAGAGCCUGGCAAACAGAAUCAAGAGCCAAGUUGCGGACGCGCGCAGAGUGUCGAAGGCAGUAUUUGCAACAACCAUCGCGCUCUCUGCUGUGCUCGUAGAAUUGAUUCUGUGCGAAAUAUCCAACAGCCUCGACGCGACCGCACGGAGAAUCACGCUCGAUCUGACCCUACCAACCCUCCUGGUGCUGGUUAUUGUAGUGGCGCCCGGUCUGGAGAUGCGGUCGAUAAUCGCAGCUACCGGGCUAUCUUUUCGUAGCACGGGCAAGGGCAGACUCAAUGCCGCCUGGCUUUUUGAGAGUGUUGCAAUGGUGGUUUGGUUGCUCGCUUUUUGGUACUUCGGGCAUGGCUUGAUCGCCGUGUUCCGUGAAGACGUGCUGCAUCCCGACAGUCACGGCAUCAGCGAGGGCUGCUUGGAAAGAGUGGGCAUCGUGGGCAUCAGCCUCAUGGCCAGCCUUGCCGGCUUUGCGGCAGUAUCAGCGCUGUGGCAGACUUUCGGCGUGAGAGACAGACCAGUUACAGAGGCAGACAUAGCACGGAAACAGGCGGGCUUGGACGCCAUGGACGACAUGCUUAAUGCGAAGAAGAGUCGAUUACGAGCCAUAACGCGAAAAAUGUCCGAGUCGAGAGGCGGCGAGGGCGUGAUAACGAAAGUGGUCAGCACAAUCCGCGGCAACAGCGAUUCACAGGAACGAUCAACACUUCAGCUUGAGAUCUCAGGCCUCCAGAUUAUGCGCAUGUCACUGAACAACAGCCUCUACUCGCUGCGAAACAGACGUGAUGCACAGCUUCGGUCUCACACGGUUGGCGGCAAGCUGAUUUCGGUAUUCUCGUCUGGAUUCGCUGUUUAUUGCGCUUAUCGUCUUGCCAACACCGGAUUCAACAUCCUCCGACGCAGCCUUUUCGGCUCGAACACAACGUCGCAGGACGUGGUCACGCACUUCCUAGCUCUGCUCGCCCACUAUUGGGAUGCAUCCAUAGAUCAAGAACUGUGGUCACGGCAAAUCUCUUUUUUACUCUCGGGUAUCAUGCUUCUGCUCGCCUUCAACUCAGCACUACAAACUUUUCUCUUACUGGCUCGUGCCUUUCCCUCGCUGUUGACCGCAGCUCUCGGGGGGUCCAACUUUGCUCUGCUUGUCUCUCAGGUCUGCGCGAGUUAUGUUAUCAGCUCGGCACUGCUUCUCAGGAGCAACCUGCCUUCAGAGGUCAGAGGCGUGAUCACAGAUGUUCUAGGUGCCCCUUUGGCGGUCGGCAAAGUUGAUGCUCUAUUCGAGGCCUGCUUUGUCAUUGCAGCAGCACUAACCGCGACGGGCAUUUGGGUGGGCAGGAAACUGAACGGACCUGAUGAUGACGGUGCUGCUAUGGAUGGUGGCGAAAUGAACAAGAUGAGCUGAAUUGUCUGUCCAACUUGGCUUAUGGCAAUACGAUGGCCUGAGCACAACAGGUGGAACGAACAAUGCUUUUUUAAUUGAGCCACGAUAUUCAAUCAACAGAGCUUACGCUAUAGCAUCCUUCUACUAUCAGGAAGAAGCCUAGGUCUUUCAUCCAGCAGCGCGCCGCGUUGUACUAUUGCUUACUGGUUACAAGCGCGAAUUUCCUUUCGUCGCGUAGGUUAGUCCGGUCGUUGACCUACGCUUCUCCGGCUCAGGAGUAUAUAGCCUAAGUGGCGAGCCUGACGUGAUUUGCCUCCGGUCUCGUACUAGGAUCGUUUAUAUCGCGCAAGAAAAUGUGAUGCAUUAUGUGUCAGCGUAGACUAGCAACACCACGAACC